GUUGCAGACAGCAUCCAGUAAAAAAGAUCCUCAUCUCUCUUUCAGAAUCAAUUCUCAUUCAAUGGCUCUCAGUUUCUGCUCAAAUUGGGAUCUGAUGGAUUACUCAACCCCAUUCUUGGACCCGCAUUCCGAACUAUCUGAAGCCCUCCUUGGCCUCUAUGAUCCCGUCGAUAUCCCCAUUGACUCUCUCUUCGACCCGCCCUCCGAUGGUCUCCUCCUUAGUUACUUCCCUGAACAAAAAACCACCCCCAGUCUCCUCCCGUCCUUCUCCGAUCCUUCGAUAUUCUCUCCAAUAAACGACUUGGACUGCUACUGCCAAUGCCCGAAGCGCCUGAAGAGCUGUAAUGAUCUUGAUGAUUAUUCCGCUUCGAUGAUGAGCAGUUGGCCAUGUGUGGAGUUUGCAGUCACUCCUCGGUUCAAUGGAGAGGAGACGAAGAAAGAUAGUGAGAGUGGGGAUCGGGUUUUGUCAGCACAGAGCAUUGCAGCGAGAGAGAGGAGGAAGAGGAUCAGUGAGAAGACGCAGGAGCUUGGAAAAUUGAUUCCCGGAGGGAACAGAAUGAACACUGCUGAGAUGUUUCAGGCUGCAUUUAAGUAUGUUAAGUUCCUGCAAGCUCAAGUUGGGAUUCUCAGUCUUAUGGGAUCAACGCAGGAUGGAGAGGGUUCGAUGGACGUGACCGGAGAUAUUGAAGUGUUGCUGAAAUCACAAGUUGUGCAAGAGAAGUUGUCAGGUGAAGGGAAAUGUAUAGUUCCAAAGGAAAUGGUUGAGGCAUUGGCUAAGGAUACUGAGAUAAGAUCAAGCCCUUUUAUUUCCAGGGAUCUUAAUCGCUUUGCUGGGGAAUUGAAUGGGAGUAAAUGAAAAUUGAAGUGAAGCAGUGUACAUGUGAUCAAUCUCAUACAAUUUUUGUUGUACGAUUGGUCAAUAGGUAGACAGUAGAUAGAUAUAGAUCGAUCAUUUUUAUUCUCAAGUAAUAGAUAGGUUUAUUUAUUUAUUUAUUUAUUUCUUUUGUAAUUUUUUAAUAUUAGUUUUCGAUAGUUUGUCAAGAUAGGCUCUAACCCAAUUAUAUUCC